AUGGCGAGCAUGAGUUCAACGCUCGUCGAGACGGUGUCCAUCAACUAUGAGGAUUUUAACGAAAGCUUCCUCACAUGCGGCACCUGUUUAUGCACUUACGAUGGCGGUGAGCAUACACCAAAAUUACUGCCAUGUUCGCACACCGUCUGCCUGCAUUGCCUCACCCGAAUAGCUGCCUCACAGACAAGAGACGCGGGUAGUUUUAGAUGUCCUAUAUGCCGAGAACUAAUAACAAUACCACGUGGCGGAGUACCCGCAUUACCGCCGUCGUUCCUCGUCAACCAGUUAUUAGAUUUGAUGGCCCGACAGAGAAGGGAGGUCAUACCCCAGUGCAGUUCUCAUCCCGGUAGAGAGCUACUAUUCUGUGAAACCUGUGAUUGCGUAUUCUGUAGACAUUGCGCUGACGGACCUCACAGCGACACGCCCUGCGAUCAUACUGUCGUACCUUUUUCUAUAGCGUUAAAGAGAAUGUCCGAAAUACUAUUAUAUAGAGCCAAUGAGUGCCUCAGUAAACUCGGCUCGGCCAGGGAGGCUGUAGCGAGUGAGUUAAGGAGAUUAGAGGCGGCUGCGACCGCGGCUGACGAAGCCAUAGAUAGACAUUUUACUGAGUUGAAAGCUGCCUUAGACAAACGUCACAACGAGCUUAAAUCAGCGGCCGCUGCUGCCGCGACGCAUAAGAGGAAGCUGCUAGAAGAACAGUUGAAGUUGAUUGAUGCGGAGAAAGCUAAAGUGGAAGCAGAAUGUUCAGGUCUUCAGCAGCAAGUGGAGGUUCGAGAAGUGAGCAGUCGAGCGGCUGCUUUGGGAGCGAGGUUAGGAGACGCGGCCGCCUUGGCUGAACCGAGAGAAAAUGCGUUUUUAGCCGUCGAUUUCGCUCACAAUGACGCCCAGCAGAGAUUUGCUGAGGCUUUGGCAGAACUUGGCAGGGUUCGGACAAGUACAACUUUCCCUGGCCUAUGUACUCUUCAGUUAGAAUCCCCGUGUGUAUGCGGCCUCGAGAUGGUAGUAGUUCUUCGUACAGUGGACUAUCACGGCGAGGCUCGCAGUACCGGCGGAGAUCCAGUCACUGCUGCAGCUACUCUCGACGAUUCACCUCUACCGUGCACGGUCACUGAUCUUGAUACUGGCUUGUAUCGUAUCUCAAUGCGUCCAUGGAGUCCGGGCGCGGUGUGUGUCCGUGUGUUGGUGUUCUCGCGCGGUGUGAGAGACUCCCCGCUACGAGCGACCGUUGCUACACACGCCGCGCCGCUCACGGUGUGGGGGACGCGAGGAUCGGGAAAGGAACAACUCAACCAGCCGGUCGCUUUAGCUAGAUGUUCAAAGCGUCGAGAGAUCUACGUACUAGACGCUGGCAAUUCAAGAGUGAAGGUGCUUGAUGACGAGACCUUCGCUUUUAAAACUCACAUCGUUAAUGACGGUCUUGCGGGGCGGAGUUGUACUGGGAUUGCAGUGACGGCGGAGGGAUUAGUUGUUGUCAAUUGGAGAACGAAGACUCUCACAGAGAUGAACGCUGAAGGCGAGACUCUCCGUACUAUACGGUCAGAUCGUCUAGUGGAGCCUGUAUGUGUGGCCGCGCACGCUCCCAGCAGACGUCUGGCUGUCGCUGAUAACGGAGCGAGGACGGUCUUCCUGUUUGAUAUACACGGGAACAUAGAACGAGAGAUAGGUAACGGUGACCUUGGUCUCGUGGGUGGUUUGGCUCUCACUGAAGACAUGUUGGUGAUAGCAGACGUAGCUGUACGAGUGUAUGACGUAGAUGGAAACCUGCAAACUACACUCGCGCCAAUACCUAAAGGUCGCGGUGGAUACGGCGGUAUAGCUGUUGAGGAGACGGAGAGCGGCUGGCAUAUAGUGUGCGCGCGCUCUGUCAAGGGUCGGCCGGCGCUCGUGGUGUUGGACUCGGGCGGGAGGCUGCUCGCCGCCUGCGACCUCGCUGACAGACGACCGCGCCGGGUCGCGGGCGUCGCGCUACUGCCGGAGAGACGAGCACUCCUCGCUGAUCUGGCUGGGGACUGUCUGCGGCUGCACACGUACUGGUGA